UGUUUACGCCUCGUGGCAUCAAGAAUAAGUCACAUUUUUGGCAUCAGGCAUGUUUACAUUUCCUGUGCACCUGCUCUGAUAGGGAACCAGCUGUAGCCUACCUCCUCCUCCUCCCACCUAAACAUCGAUUUUCAAUAUAAUUGUAAAGACAUCUCCACCAAUAGCAAAUAUAUUGAAUAGAUAUUCUUCAAGUCUAAAAACUGGAACGUGCGUGGAUGUUUCGAAAACAAGAGGUUGGAGAGAGAGGGCGGAGGAAUCCACAGCAUGGUUUGCCUGCCCAUCGUGACGCAGCCGGUUGCUAGGUGUGAAUGAACUGAUGCUCUCACUCAAUAAAUCGUCUCUCAGUCAUCAAGUUCAUCACAACAAAGAAGCAACAACAAGACUUCACUUCUGUCCCGGAUUUUCCAAGGGAGCCAUGGCUUGUUAAAUCAGAGAAGAACUCGGACCCCCGAAAGAAGCCGUGCUUUGCUCUUGCAACGCACCCCAAACUCACAAGAAUUUUCAGCAAGAAUGGAGUGUCAUUAUGCUCACCCAGCCCUGCUCACUGUGGCUCAACUCUCAGACCCCACCAACUCAUAUUGUACGAUCGGACUAAUCGGAUUGAAUCAAAAGACCAAUAGACAAAAUGAUGGCAAUGUCAGCAGCUCCUCUCUGGAAGACUCUUCGCGUCUGCCCGGCAGACCCCCUCGCUCUCUCUCACCCACAGGCUAACCUCAGCCAAUCACAGGAGUGCAGGGGGGAGGUGCCAGAGGAGAGCCAGCACUUAAUUGGUGAUGGUCUCACGGACUGGAUGACGGAAGAAGUGGAUUUCUCCUCGUACCUCCCAAACCCUCACCCCUCUCCCUCCCCCAAUUCCUCCCUUCCUCCCUCACCCCUCCAGCAUGACAUCCAGGUGCCCUCUGACUUGGAGGUCAUGACUUCUCUGCUGCAAGAGGAACUCGCUCAACUGGAGGACUACUUCCUGUCUGAACCGCUGCCGGAGAAAGGACCAAAACUGGGAAAAUGCGACAAGGGUCCAGCGGCAGUGGGUCCCCACCAGUCAUACUACCAGUUGCCCUUUCAUGCGUCAUCAUACUCCACCUCCAACCAAUCGGAACACAGCCCUCUACUUGUUACCCUGGCAACUGGGGAACUAGACCUGCUGAGCUUUUGCGGAGGUGGGCCAAUUGGGCGAUCAAAAUUGCCUAGACACACCCCUUACAGUUGUAGCAAUCGCCCCAAUGGGUGUAGUCGCAAAAGAGUUUCAGAUGCGGUGAGGGUGGGCGAGGUCUACGAGAAUAGCAUAUGGAGUUCCAAAGGAAGUAACCCAUCUGUGACUCUAAGUGGCAGUUACAGCUGUGUAGAGGACGAGCGGGUAGUCGGGAAAGGUUACUGUCUAGGCAGCGGAGUUGAGAUUCGAAGAUGCCCUUUUUUACCCAAGGAAGAGAAAAAUUGUCAGUUCGCGGAAGAGGUCAUAGCUGUUGGCAGUGGGUAUGGUGGCUUUGGCGGGCCGCUGGAUAUCCCACACAAGAAAGAGGAGCUGUUGAUGUAUGGCAUGAGAGAAGUGAAUGUCAGUUCUGGUGGUGGAGGAUGUGCUAGUAGCAGUGAGAUAGAAUUGUUGAGUAGUAAUGUCAAAGUUGGCGUAGUCGGUGAGUUGUCUUCCAAGAUGUCCACUAUUCCUUGGAAGACAGAGACUAGUGAGGGUUGUUAUCUUCAGGCAGCGUCCCAAUCAGAGGCCUCCUACCACCACGGCUUCCAAGGGACGGUCAGCGAGCAGGUCAAGGCAGAGGGUUUGGAGAUGGGCCGUCAACAUCAUGACUUCCACUGUGGUGGGUUCCUAGAGGACCAGCAGGGCUCUGAGUGUCUGGCAAUGGAUAGGGAGGCUCUUGACAGGCAGGUGAUGUUGGGGUUGAAGGAGGACUCCUGUCCCCUCGCGAAGCCUGAGCUGGACGAAACAAUGCCAGGGGAGGUCCACCACCCACCAGAGCGCAAGCAGAAGAAGAGAGACCAAAACAAGACUGCCGCUCAUAGGUAUCGCCAACGUAAAAGGGCAGAGCUGGACUGCCUUGAGGAGCAGCUGCACGGUCUGGAGGGGCAUAACCGGGAACUUCGGGACAAAGCAGAGUCAGUGGAGAGGGAGAUCCAGUAUGUUAAAGACCUACUGAUCGAAGUGUACAAGGCCCGCAGUCAGCGGCUCAAGCAACCGGACACCGACGCCUGAUGAUGAAGAUAAGAUGACGAAGACUUUCUGCAAGUAGAUUUGAAGAAAAAAUGACAGGGAAAUGUUAGUUUUUCAAUGUUUUGAAAUUGAAUAAUUCAUUUUUCUUUUUCUUUGGGAGGGUCAGGGUGGGGGGCAACAAAGGGGUUCAAUUGCAUGUUUUGAUGACGUGUUUUUUUUUUUUUUUUUUACGAGUCAAACAACUACUUUAUACUUCCACUGUUUCGGCAAUCGGCACUAACCAAGCAAGCCUGCACUGUGAUGCUGUAAUGUCUCAGCUGACAAUCAAUUUCUGAAUGGGUUUCCUGUUGAAUGGAGAUGGGUUUGAUUUCCACCAUUGGUGUUUUUUAUAUACUGGUUAGACUAAUGUGAUUCAACUAAGGCCUUACACUGGUCUUGAUGUCAAUAACUUAGCUACUGGUUCAAUAUACUCAUUAGCUUUUUAUCAAAAGACAAUCUUUGUUUAUUUGUGGGAGCUUUGCACUAUUUGUAUAUUUUCCCAAAUUAUUAUUCCAAUAAUUGAAAGCAAACUAAUAUAAAUAUGAAUGCAAAAACAGCCUUUAGGGAAGACUUAAGAUUUUGUUGAAAGUGUUGUCCCCUUAAAUGCUAAUUGCAAUAUGAUACAAUCAGUUUUAUAGCUCAGGUUAUGCAAUUCAUGCCCAAAGUUCUAGAAGUAUGUAAGUUGGUAAUUCUUGACUGAAGAUUUUUUUGCAUGGCAAAGACAUUCAUGGCUACUAAAAUUAACGAGUUCUGUCUGUCUAUAUGAUGCUGUAUAGCUACUGUGCACUGAUUCCAUAGCAGCCUCACAUUCCAUGCUCUCUCUCAGCAAAUUCACUUGUCUCUAGCUCUUUCCUAGUUGUUUCUCUUCACUGGAUUAGAUGGUAUAGGAUUUCAGAAAUCAAUGUGGGACCCUCUGUCUCUUUACUUGCUGUAAAAGCAAAAUCAGGGUUUGUGAUUUUAUAUGGCGGGUAUGCUCGUCUGAUUUAUAAAGACUUUUUCAAUUGUGUCUUGAAGGAGAGAUGGUAGGUAGUUAGCCUUUGGUUUUUUCUAAAAAGAACAAAAAAACUAUUUUUCACUAGAACGUUUGUGAUAGCUUUUCAUGUUGUUUCCCGCUUUUGUCUACGAGGAUGCAGUGUCAAUUAAUUUAGUAUAAACCUUUAUUUUAUAAUUAGGUACAAUUCUACAUUUUUCUAAAAACGUUCAAUCUGCUUUAAGCAAAUGUAACAAUAUAAUCAUCUUUAAAUUUGAAAAUCUAAUUGCAUCUUUUGUGAAUUAAUCCAAUUGAAUUGCUGUUGCUCUUUGAAUGAAUUUAUGUUGAAAUGCAAUAACUCUUAAAUGUCCUAACAAAUAGUUAAGAUCUUAAUAUAAUGUAAUUAUCUGUUAUCAAUCUUUUGGAUGAAUGAGUAGGACACUGCAUCUUUUUCAAAUAUGGUCUGUUAUCUUGGCGAUAUACAAUCAUGUUUCUGAAAUACAGCUUUUAAUGCAAUGUGUAUUAACGUUAUUUUGUGAUAUUGAGAUUCUAUUACUUUCAAUAUUAAGCCUCACGCAUUUCAGCAACACGAUUACGACCAAUAAAUGACACCAGAUAAAAUAACCAACCAUUUAGUAAUUUGGAAAUAAUUCCAAUGUUUCCUCUCAAUAUAUUUCCUUUGUGUUACAUGUCACUCGUUUUAUUCAAAUAAAGUGAUUUGUGUCUACACAGUA